AAUUAUUUGAAAAUGAAUGCUAGGAUCGAAAGUUCAGCCCGGUUUGAAGAUCCAAGAUGGAUGUCUUACACUGGGGGAACCUUCUUCUUCUUAUAAUUUCAGUUCUAGUUGAGAGCAGUCCUCUACUACAGUCUAGUACGGAACAAACCAAAACAAAAAAUCAUAUUGAUGAUGAUGCAUUUUUUGCGGAUUUUCUUGAGGAGGAGAUUUCGGACAUUUUCGAAAAGCCCGAUCCUGAACAUCUCAGGCAUGCAGUCAACUCGUUCAAAAGUGAUGUUAGUGAUGCCUGGCUAGCAAUGUUUCCAGAUGAAGGAGAUCAUGAUCACGAUCAUCAUCAUCAUCACCAUCAUCACAACCAACAUGAUGAGCAUCUGGAAAACAAUCCUCAAUUACAAGAUAAGCAUGAUCACGAUAUGCAAAAUCAUGAACGUCAUAACCAUGAUGAUCAUCAGCAUAAACCCCAUAACGGCUAUGCUCAUCAUAUUGGUCAUAACCACGGCGGAACAGGAACUCCUUUGGCAGAGAUCAGCAGCUCCAUCUGGCUGGCUGGAAUAGGAUCAAUACUAGUGAUCAGUCUUGUAGGAGUAGUAUCAGUAGUCUUCAUACCUUUACUCCAAGGACACCGUGGAGAGUAUGUUUUAAACUGUCUGAUAUCUAUAGCAGUUGGAACAUUAGUAGGAGAUUCUUUUAUUCAUUUAGUUCCACAUGCUUUCCAGCUCACACAUGAUUAUUCUACAACAUGGAAAGGAUUUGUGGCAACUAUUGUCAUUAUUGGAUUCUUUUUACUUGACCAGCUGUUAAGUUUAAAAGGAAUGUCUCAUGGACAUAGCCAUGGGUUUCGGCCUUCAGAUUCGUCCUUCCACCGUCACUCAAUCUCAACAUCUGCAUCACCGCCACCGAAGUAUAGUAAAGAAGAUAGUGGAAUAGAAGAAUAUUCUUCUCUGUCUACGCUCUCCUAUACAGAUACUAUGCAAGAAUUCCAUGAGGGACAUGAUCAUGAUCAUGAGCAUGAUGCUAGUCUGGACAGUGAUCAUGAUCAUGAGCAUUCGCACCUACACAAGGCCUCUAAUAUGUCAAACACAAGCCUCAUGGUUAUUAUUGGAGAUGCUGCACACAAUCUUGCAGAUGGUAUUGCUAUCGGAGCAGCAUUUUCUAUGGGAUAUGCUACUGGAGUAUCUACCAGCAUAGCUGUUCUUUGCCACGAGCUUCCGCAUGAGAUUGGUGAUUUCGCCAUUCUUAUUCAGAACGGACUGGAUACAAAAACAGCUCUGUUCUUCAACAUUGUAUCUUCAAUAUUUGGUUUGGCAGGUCUGUGUAUCGGUCUGCUGCUAGGAUCAGCUGGGGAGUUUUCUACCUGGAUGCUAGCAGGGAUAGUUGGUGUAUUCCUUUAUGUUGCUCUAGUAUCCAUGCUACCCUCAUUACACUGCUCUUCAUUCCUUGCUCUGUUUAUAAAUAUCUCAGGGAUGGUGGCUGGAGCCUGUCUUCUCCUGGUUAUUGGUCUUUAUGAAGAAGAUCUUGUAUCUUUAUUUAAUAAUUGAAUAAAUCAUUAUUUAAAAUA